UGUGGCUAUGGCGAAUGCGGAAGGAGAGACUCUGGAGUCCUGGCUUAAUAAAGCCACUAACCCCUCCAACAGACAGGACGACUGGGAGUACAUUAUAGGAUUCUGUGAUCAAAUCAAUAAAGAAUUAGAAGGUCCACAGAUAGCGGUGAGGUUGCUUGCUCAUAAAAUCCAGUCCCCUCAAGAAUGGGAGGCAGUGCAGGCAUUGACAGUAUUGGAAGCUUGCAUGAAGAACUGCGGAAGAAGAUUCCAUAACGAAGUUGGAAAAUUUCGAUUUUUAAAUGAAUUAAUCAAAGUAGUCUCGCCCAAGUACCUUGGCGACAGGGUGUCGGAGAAGGUGAAGAGGAAAGUCAUUGAAAUGCUGUACAGCUGGGCAGUGGCCCUGCCGGACGAAGCCAAAAUUAACGAGGCCUAUCAGAUGCUGAAGAGGCAAGGUAUUGUAUCCUGUGAUCCAGAGAUCCCUGUAGAUAAUACUCUCAUUCCAUCACCCCCGACACGCCCCAAAAACCCAGUGUUCGAGGAUGAAGAAAAGAGUAAGCUACUGGCUGAGCUGCUGAAAAGCAAAAACCCAGAGGAUCUGCAGGAGGCUAACAGGCUCAUUAAGAACAUGGUGAAAGAGGAUGAAGCCCGGAUGCAGAAGGUAACGAAACGCGUGAACGCACUGGAGGAGGUCAAUAACAACGUGAAACUCCUCAAUGAAAUGCUGACCCACUUCAACAGAGAGGAGUCUUCGGAAGCAGACCGGGAGCUUAUAAAGGAGCUGUACGAACGCUGUGAUAAGAUGAGAUGUAAUGUAUUCAAAUUAGCCACGGAGACGGAGGACAACGACAACAGUUUAGGUGACAUCCUCCAAGCAAGCGAUGAUCUGUCACGUGGAAUAAAUUCCUACAAGAAGAUUGUUGAAGGACAGACUGUCAAUGGAGAGACUGACCUUCCUGGAUCAGCAAAUACGGACAAUAAAAUUGGCAGUAAGGGUAGCAGAAACACAGAGACCUUGAUUGACCUGGAUGAGCUCGACAUUCCCAGCCCGUCCUUUUCAGAGCCAGCUCCGCCUCCUGCACCUGCUCCAGCCUAUCCGCUGCUGGCCCCAGCGAUCCCAGUUCUGCCCCCUCCCCCUCACCUGCAGACUUCCACUCGGAGCCGAUCCUCCGGCCACACCGAGAAAACAGCCCCCCAGGCCAGUGGCGCCCUCUCCCUGCUGGAUGAGGAACUGCUGUCUCUGGGGUUAAAUGAUCCAGUACCCACUUUGAACAAUGGAAAGGAGGGUACACUUAAACAGUCGACCACAUUACAGGCCUCCGACAGCGGGUUAGACUUCUUCAACAGCAAGCCUCUGUCUGGGGCAGCUGCUCUGUAUGCUGGGCCGAUGUUCCCUGCAGCCCCUGUGUCCCGCAUUGCUCCUUGUAGUUACCCGGCCGCUCCCUCCUUGCCCAGGUCCGGCCCGGCCCCGUUCCUGUUCCCGGGGGCUGGGCUGCAGGCAGCGCCUCACCCCGAGAGUCAAGCCUUGCAGGAUCUCAGCAUGCUGGACCUGGGGGAACCAGUGGGGCUGCCUGCCCAGUUAAAGCCAGAGCCCAUGGUCUGUCUGGGAGCUUCCUCCAGUGCUGAUUCCUCUUCUAUCUUGGGGUUUCCUGGUCCCCCCGCCACCACGGCCCCUAUUCCUGCUGCAUGCAUGGACACCCCCGUCUCCCACGCCAUGGUCCAGGCCAUGGCUUCCUCAUCGGCCCCCGGCAGCCCCCUCUUCUGCUCCCUUUCCCCCCUCCACCCGACGAUCCAGGGGAGCCCUGCAAGGGGGCCCGAUGCUUCACUCGCCAGCGUUCACGUGCAGCUGGACUCCAUCAAACCCAGCAAGGUCCUGCCUGUUACAGCCUAUGAUAAGAAUGGGGUUCGGGUGCUGAUGCACUUCUCUUCGGAGUGCCCCCCAGGUAGACCGGAUGUGCUGGUGAUUGUGGUGACGAUGCUGAACACAGCCCCCCUCCCCGUCCAGAACGUAGUCCUGCAGGCUGCGGUGCCCAAGUCGAUGAAGGUCAAACUGCAGCCCCCAUCGGAAACAGAACUGGCUCCUUUCAACCCCAUCCUGCCCCCAGCCACCAUCACACAGGUCAUGCUGCUAGCAAACCCAAUGAAGGAAAAGGUGAGACUGCGGUACAAGCUGACGUUUACACUGGGUGACCAGGUCUGUACAGAGGCCGGAGAAGUGGACCAGUUUCCACCGGCAGAAAAAUGGGGUUAUCUAUAGCACAGGCACUGAAGGACGGGACCCAUCCCCCCCCAUGACACGGCAAUGGAUGGGACUUUGUUGACUUCAAAUAGCUGAGCCAGAAUCGAUCCAUUAAUGAAUGUUUUUUCUUAGGAAGCAAGUGCUACUACUGUUACAAAAUCCAUUGUGUAUCUACUUGUCUCUAUGUUUUCAAUUUAAUUUAUAUACUUUUUUUUUUUAACUCUGUUCCCCUAAACUGUUAGCCCUUGGCUAGACUGUACAAGGCAGGUUCCAUUAAUGGGAGACCCCACUGAACCAUUAACUCCUAGAGUGUGUGUAAGGGUGACGAGAAAAUCGUUUUCAAAUUCAUAUCUGCACCUACAAAAGAAAUCCCACCGACGACAGCUGAAGAGGAACAUAAUGCUUAACGUGGUUCUCACGGUGACAGGCUAGCAUGUGAUAUGUUGCACAGGGUGCCAAAUAUCAAUAAACAGUCCCCCCCCCCCCCCCCC